UUUUGUUUAUAGUUGCUGCCUUGUCUGGUUAGAGCAACUGUAGAAUAUUUCUUAUUAACUUUGUUGGUAUGUUAAUAGGAAUACAAAAGAAGGCAUGGUCGCAAUGAGAUCGUACGAUAAAAUAUCGCCUGUGUGCGUUCAGGAUAACGUUAUCGGAAGGUGAAGAACCAAAAGUGUAAUAAAGUAUUCUACGCAGAAACAUUGUAUAGUAGAACGUGAAACGUGCAUGAUCAAAUUUUUGGCUAGUAUAAAACGAUAUUAAUAAUAUCAACGAUAGAUGCAAUACGUUAAAGUACGGAUAUUAUAGUGGUUUUUAUCGUUCUGUAUUUUUUGUUGUAAAUUUAAUUUUUUUUCAUAUCUAAUUUGCAAUUUGCAAUUAAAUUGUGUUAAUUUAUAAAAUUUCUUCAAUAUAAUAAUUCACACAGCAAUAUAUAUCUAUUUGAAAAAGUAUAUAAUUUUAUAGUUGAAACAUGUAUUAUGAUAAAGGUUAUUCAUAUGCAACUUAUGAGAAAGAUAAGGUAAUAGUUGUUGAUCUUCGGAGUGAUACUUUAACAAAACCAACCCAAAAAAUGAGAGAGGCACUAUCCAGUGCUGAGGUUGGUGAUGAUGUUUUUCAUGAAGACCCAACAGUGAAAGUAUUACAAGAAACAGCUGCCAAAAUGGUUGGAAUGGAAGAUGCAUUAUUUGUAUGCUCUGGAACUAUGGCAAAUUUAAUUGCAAGUAGAGACACAUAUUCAGUGAAUAUGAAGCUAUAGAUCAUGGAUGCAUAUAAACACUGGGAAUGUUUGAAAUUUUAUUUGAUUUUUAUACAGUUGUAUAGUAUUAUAAAAAGCUAAAAUUAUAAUUUAAGUAUAAACUUUAGAUAUGCUGUGUUAGAUGCUGUGUGAGAAUCUACAGUGUUUAGCAAUUAAAGAAUUCCUUAUAUUGUAACAUAAAUGUUCUCUUUAAUAACAGUAGCUAACAAAUUAAUUUUGGUAAAUAUAUAUCACAUACAUACAUUGCAUGUAUAUUAUAAUCAUGUUGAUAGUAAUAGUUAUCUACUAUAUUUAUUACUAUUUUGUAUGCAAAUUAAUAUUUAGAUCAUAUACUUAUUUCAGUCUCUGUAUUGUAUCUAUUAUUUCUUCCAUUUAAUUAAUAGUCUAAUUAAACUUUAAUCUAAUUGUAAUUUCUUCAAGAAUGUUUUUAUCUUUAAUUGCAACGAAUAUUUUUGUUUUC